UGGAGGGUUUGUUUUUUUUCUUUUCUCUCACAUUGAUUCAUUCAGCCAGAGAGAGGAGGUCAGAAAUACUAUAUACUGAGCUGCACUUGCUCUCUGCUGCCCCCUGUUGAAACGUUACAUGACGUCUUACAGCUUGUUUACAUCAUGACCAUUGUGUAUUGUGGAGGGGAUGUUUUUGUGUAGAUUUUGUAGGCUUUUCGAGUCAGUACUGAGAGAAUACAAAGAUACAGUAUUUACUAAUAGUGUGCACAUACAACACAGCCCUCUGUAAAACAAAAACAAAAACGUCUUUAUUUAUGUUUUGUAAAAAAAAAGGAUCAGUAUAAUCUAAUCUGCACACAUGGAGUUAGAAAACAAAAACUCUCUGCAGAUUAUUGUGUCGUCUAUAUGAAGCCAUAAAUCUCUUCUGCAGCAGGACACACUGAGACAUGUACGGUUUCUUUAAUGUAUUUGACUCAGUUUGAACAUAAAAUGAUGCAUGAGUCCAUAUAUUGCUCCACUGUAUGACAAUGCCCGCAUGUAACAUGUAUGGAACAAAGGGAGGGAAGCCACUGCUCCUGGCGCACACGGGGUUAACGCGUGUGCAGAACCUCAGAUUUGGUGUCGAUGCUUCUCUCCAAUAGUGAUUAACGAUAUCGAUCCGGGAGUCAAGUGCAAAGUUUACGCAGCCAGGACAGAGACACGAGGACACAAAUGCAUCUCUUGAGGAGCCUAAGUAGUUAAAUUCGAGGUUAUUGUGCGCCAAGGUAUUUCUCUCCCUGGUGUGUGCAAGGAAAAGAGAAAUAAAAAACUUUAAUAAGAACUCGAAAUGUCGAAGGAAUGAUUGGUGCUGCCCUCAAGACGCCAAACUCUGCCAAAAUGUGGCUUUGAAGCAGAGGGAGUCUGCUUUCACCCUGAUGAGAAACUUGGUUUGGAUGGAUGGCUGUGCGCCCCGCCCUCCUGCUCCUUAUAACCAGAAAGCCUGUUUGCACAAGAGCUCAAACAUAACAGGAACAUAAGAGGAGAGCGCGCCUCUGUCCAUGACCCACUCCUGGAGAAGGCUACCACGCACUCUGGCUACAAAGACUUCACGGAUUACACUGCUUCUUAUUGUUGUUGUUGUUGUUGCUUCAGUCUUUCACGUCCAGAAGUGACCAUGGAUUUUCUCAACCACAACUAUUUGAACGCGCGCAAUCCUUACGACUACACUUUUAAUUUCUGGAACGACUAUCUGGGGCUGACGACGUUGGUGACGAAGAAUAACAAGCUCAACAUGCCCCAGAACCCCAACUCCAUCACCGAGUCCCUGAAGGCGACCCUGGGUUUGGACGAUGCCCCGGAAUGUCCGUGCGUAAUCGCGGGCGGCGUUGGAGAGAGCGGACACCUGGACUGCUGCUGCCCAUCAGGCAGCCCUCCACCGGCCUCCAUCCUGGACUUAAAGGAGCGUUUCGCGAUACUGAGGCCCUUCCAGAACCCGCUCAGCGUCCAGCUGCCGGAGCGUGAGAUGAGCUUCGGUGGCAGCCUGGCAGGGUUCGAUCUGUUCGGCGUGGAGAGGAAGAUGCGCAAACCCGCGUCCAGGAGCAAGCAGGAGCCCAAAAUCUGCGUCUUCUGCCGGAACAACGGAGCUCCGGAGGAGGUGUACGGCUCCCACGUCCUGAAGACACCGGACGGCAGGGUUGUGUGCCCGAUUCUGAGAGCUUACACCUGUCCCCUGUGCAGUGCCAACGGGGACAAUGCCCACACGAUAAAAUACUGUCCACUGUCCAAAGAGCAGCCUUCCCAGCGACCACUGAAGGGAGGGAGGGCAGUGGGUGGUAAGAGGAUGAAAAUAUUCUAAGACUAUAAUAAAGUUUUAUCUAGAAAAAAAGAAUUGCACUGAACAAUUUCCAGAUGACUGUUUUAAUUUCGGCUCUAGCCUUUAUUCCCAGUUUCAUAAAAAACAUAUUGAUUUUAUCUUUUGAUUUCUCUAAGAUCUCUUAUAUUUUUAUAGUUCAUUUAUCCACAUAGAAUAAUUUUAUGCUUUAUUAUACAUUUGGAGUUUAUUUUUCUUUUCCCAGUCUGUAGUCAUUUGAGAGCUUGUGUGUGUGUGUGUGUGCCUAUAAAUACACCUAUAAUCACAAAAGUGUGAAUAAAAAUCUUUAUAGUAUUUUGGUCAUGUAGAGAAACACACUGACAUGGGUAUAAGGGGAUGAAUGUCAUAUUUCCACCAAGUUGUAACGGAGAGCCAAGCUCCCCUCUGUGUUAUGUUUUCCUUCCGUUUCCUCGUCUUAGAAAACCAAAGUUGAGUUUUUUGCCAUUAAAAACAAAACGAAGCUGAAGAAUGUGUCAUCAAGGAGAGCUUUUUUGGUUCCAAAUAACUCUGUAACAUUUUCUUUUUUCCCCAACUUGCUUUGAAAAGUUGACAUCCAAUCUGUGAGGGAAGGGCAAAAGAGGAGGUAAAAAGACAAUGUGGCCUCUGUUUAAGGCUCAUAUUCUCUGGAGAACAUUAUAAUCAGUUGUUGCAAAGCCCAAACCUCUUCUCAGUCCAAUGCUAGGAAGAGGAGAUGAUUAUAAAAAAGAGAUACUCUUUUAUGUUUACAUUCCAUAAUAAGGGUGACACACUGGAUUUGUUUUCUCUCUUCUGGUCAGGUGUUCUCAUAAUAUCGAUAUCAUUAUUAUUAUUUACUCAUAAUUUGAGGGUUUGCAGGCUGGACGGUUGCAUUUCAAGGGUCAAAAAGAACUGGUGAAUGUCUGUUUAAUGUCAACCUGUCCCAUCCUUUCUUAUCCAAAAUAAAGAUGCAAAAAUGUUUGUGAAUGUACGGUUGAAGGUGUCACUUGCAGGACUGCACAUUUCUGACAGUUUUGUUUACCAAAGGAAUAUCAAAUUACAUUGAAAAAAGCA